AUGACUACAACAGUCAAAGAAGACGGCCAACUACCACUUCAGGAUUCCUCUGGAGCCGGUGCCAUGCGGGUGUUAUUGUUAACACUGUUGAUCGCUUUUAUUUGUUUAAUCAAAAGAGGCCAAGCUGUCAAAUGGGGUGGUUGUGAACAUGUAGAUCUGCAACAAAAUUUUACUAUCGAAAAGUAUAUGGGAACAUGGUAUGAAAUUGAGCGACUUUAUAAUGUCAGUGGGGAACACAAAUGCAUUUCAGAAACAAUAUCGCAGAUUCCUAACAAUUUUGAAGACAGGUUAGAGAUUCUCACUCGGAUGGUCAAGGGCAAAGGUGAGGUGGUUGCAUUAGAAGGAGAAUUAAUUUUACCUACAAAGGGAGAAAAAGCCAAACUUCAGUACAAAAUCAAUAGGCACCCGUGGGGAAUGGACGAUCAUCUAGACCCUGCCAUUUUGCAUUACUGGGUAGUAGCCACCGACUAUACAAGUUACUCCUUGGUAUUCUCCUGCGUAUCCUUCCUCAGCAUAGCACACACCCCUUAUGCCUGGCUUUUGUCUAGAGAACGGCAGCUAUCAGAAAAUGCCACUAAUCACCUGCAUAAUCUCCUGAUUAAAUUUAACAUUGGCAUUAAAGAUAUUGUUAAAAUUAAUCAAAAAGAUUGCAUAGUGUAA